GAAUUUCUUCCUUGGACGACGAUGGCAGAAUCUCGCAGCAACAGAGCGGCGGUUCAGGCUACUAACGACGAUGCAUCCGCCAGUAAAUUGUCUUGUGUCAAAAAGGGAUAUAUGAAAGACGACUAUGUUCAUCUCUUUGUGAAAAGACCUGUUCGAAGAUCUCCCAUCAUUAAUCGAGGUUACUUUUCCCGUUGGGCUGCCUUCCGAAAGCUUAUGUCUCAGUUUCUCGAAUGCGGUACUAAUAAUGCCAAGACACAGAUACUCUCACUCGGAGCUGGCUUUGAUACUACGUUUUUUCAGUUGCUGGAUGAGGGGAAAGGGCCCAAUCUCUAUGUGGAACUUGAUUUUAAGGAGGUCACAAGCAAGAAGGCUGCUGUUAUAGAAAACUCCUCCCAACUCAGGGACAAACUAGGACCCAAUGCAUCUAUUUCAAUUGAGAAAGGACAAGUGCUCAGUGAUCAUUACAAGUUACUUCCAGUUGACCUGCGCGAUAUACCAAAAUUAAGUGAUGUUAUAUCCUUUGCAGAUAUGGAUCCAAGUCUGCCGACAUUUAUUAUUGCAGAAUGUGUUUUGAUAUAUCUGGACCCCGAUUCAAGCCGUGCCAUCGUCAAUUGGGCGUCAAAAACGUUUUCAACUGCAGUAUUUUUCUUAUAUGAGCAGAUCCAUCCAGAUGAUGCAUUUGGACAUCAAAUGAUUAGAAAUUUGGAGAGUCGGGGAUGUGCACUCUUAAGCAUUGAUGCAUCACCAACUUUACUUGCAAAGGAGAGAUUGUUUCUUGAUAAUGGAUGGCAGAGAGCUGUUGCCUGGGACAUGCUAAAAGUGUAUGGUAGUUUUGUUGAUACUCAAGAAAAACGCAGGAUCGAGCGAUUGGAGUUGUUUGACGAAUUUGAAGAGUGGCACAUGAUGCAGGAACAUUACUGUGUCACAUAUGCUGUCAAUGACGCAAUGGGAAUAUUUGGAGAUUUUGGUUUCACAAAAGAAGGGGGCGGUGAAAGAAUGAGUAGCUCAUCGGCAUCAUCACCUUGAAAAAAGGAGGAGGGUUUGUAACUGGUACGUUAGUUUAAUACAGUUGGAGGAAAACAAACCCCUGGUGGUGGGUAGAAUCUGAUAGUGCUUGGUUUACCUAAUUUGUAAGGAAUGAUGAUGGGUUGGUUAAAGAGACGGGGAUGGUGAUUGAUUGCACAAAAGUUAGAAGAGGCCUUUCUUUGGGUGCUGCUGAGCAGAAGAAACCAAGGAAACACGAACUUUGUCUUGUCUGCAUAAGAAAUGUUGUCAUUUGAU